AAAUUAGAAAGAAGCUCCUAAAUUCUAUAGGGAUGCAGAAGCAUUAAUUAAUAUGGGUUUAUAAAUGAUAUGUCUAUGAAUGAGUCAAUAUAAAUUAUGCUCAAUUUUUAAUUUUUAUGAGGAAGCUUAAAAAAAAUGGGUAAUUCAAAAUGUGAUUUCCAUUUUGAAUUGAUGUAUGAAACUGGAAAGUAUGUUAAAAAGGAUGUUCAAAAGACUAUAAAAAGAUAUUAAAAAGCUGCUCAAAUGUAAUGUUAAGAAGCUAGAGAUCUACUCAAAUAAAAUAGAUAAUAAUGUUAUAUGAUGAUUCAAUAGCUAAAAUAUUGGUUAAGAUAAAUAUUAAUUUAUUAUAGUUAUUCAUGCUACAAAUAGAAAUGCCAUCAUGAAAGUUAUACCUAUGAUCUAAAAUCCUUUAAUCAUUCAAGAGGGAAAAAAAACUAAUUAAUCAAACAUAGCAUAUAAAUCUUAAUAUUAAGAUAUGGGUUGAGGCAAAAUGAUUAGGAUUCUUGCUACCUAAUGCAACUCAAUAUACUUAUUUUAAAAAUCAUUUUUAAAAACCAGGCCUUUAUCAUUGAUCUCUAUGCAAAUGAUUAUUUUUAUAAAAUUAUGUUAGACUCUUCUUCUCUUUAGAUUAUUAUGUAAAUUUAAAGUAAAUACUUUUAUUCCAAUCAUUAUUAUGAUAAUUUCAAUAAAUUUCUCCUUAUUCUAAACAAAUAUACAGUUCAAAUGUUUCAAAUUAUUGAAUGA